AUGAAGAUCAUUGACCCCCAAUCAGCCGUUCUCACCAACGUCGAGGUCCUGGCCUACCUCGACGCCAAUCCCCCGCGCCGACCCCCGAAUCCGCCAUCGAAGCCCCGAAACUGGGUGCCGAGCCCGGAUCUGCGCGAUCACAAUACAGUAGUCAAAGAAAUCCACAAUUAUGUCGCCCGCCUCUCGCCCUACCUCCUCAAAUACCCCCGCUACACAGCGCGCCCCUCGUCACAGUCGCGGUCCCAAGAGGCCAUGACGGGGACAAUAAACACUGCCAAUACUAAUAAUAAUAAUACCGCCCACACCAACACCAAUACUUCUUCCAAUGCCUUCAACACCGAUCCAGAUGUCUCCACCCUCCCCCCGCCGCCCUCCUCCGAACCCACCCCCAUGGACCGCGCCCUCCGCGAUCUUGUCACCCGAUUGCAGCCCUACGGCCUAACCAAGGCCGAGGUCGUGAUGAUCCUGAACCUGGGGAUCGGGAUGAAUCGCAGUGACGAGGCUGCGGACGAGGCAGACCGUGCUGGAGCCGAGGGGGUUAAUGGGGAUGGGCAGAUGGAGGCGGAUUAUGAGGAGCACAUGGCGAAUGGGACGGAGGCGGCAAAUGGCGGUCCAGAAGAAGAAGGGGGACGAGAGGGCGGAGGAGAAGAGGUGGAGCCUGAAGGAGAGGCGGAUGACUAUGGGCCGUUGGCGCUGCUGGAUACGGUGAUUGAGGAGCGCGAGGAGAGGCUUGCUAAUGAGGAUGUUGAGGCUGUUUUGGCGAUUGUAAGGGAGACGCUGGCUGGGGAUUAUGAGUCUUCAUAG